UCAACUGAAUUUGCCGAAAAAGAUCGUUCUGGAAUUUCAGUUGUUAUCAUUUUAAUCUUCCGGGAAUGUUUUUUUUUUCUCAAUCAUUUUCGAACUUCUGGGAAAGGAUAUCUUGUUCAUGUACCCCUGGAAUGAUGGGUUUACGUUAACUGGAAACUUCCCGGAAUAUCUUCGGAUAAGGUCAUGUCCAAAUUUAAAUCUUGUAACCGGAACAAUAAAUGGCCAUUUUUUAAGUAAUGUCAAGGGCUUUUCCCGAAAAAUUAACCAUGUAGCAUUUUGUUAAUGCGUGUAAAUUAAAAAAAAAUUUCCUACAUUUCCCCAAUAAUUAACCAACUACGUGUUUUAAAAAAAAAGUUUAAUUCGAUACUGUGAGCUGCUAAAAGGCAUUCAAAAAAAUGAAAAUCGUGUUUUAUUUUGGAGGAUAUCGAAAUGCAGACUCCUUUCCCAUAUUCCUUAAUUUGUUUCCAGUAUGUUUCAUGCAAAUUUUUUAUUGUCAUUCGGUGCAGAUGGCGGAGUUACACCUGAUAGGGCAAUUGGUGGGUGCAAUCGAUUUCAGCAGCGGUUCUUGUUUAUUCUGCAAGUGGUCUGUCAGUGCAGGAGGCAGUUGGAGGUUGCUGGGCGGCGCCGAGAGCGGACAAACCCAAACGGCGGCUGGAACCAUGGUGACUGGCUCCGAAAGUGGUCAAUGGUUUUGGAGUCACCCGAUUGACGUUCACUAUGCUACUAAGGGUGUCCAAGGAUGGCCCAAGCUCAUGUGUCAGGUUUUUCAUUUGGACCUGCAUGGAAGGUGUGUGUUGGAAGGAUACGGUGUGACGCAUUUUCCUGCUUCGCCGGGAUUGCAUCAGGUGACAAUACCAUGCUGGAAGCCAUGCAGUGGAUCCCUCAAAGACCAACUGGUCAAGACAUUCUUGGGUGGUUCCGUGGUUUUGCGCAACCCUCAAAUGGCUGCAGGUCCAGAAGACAGAUACAAGCUGAAAACGUCGGGCUCAGGAUCAGUGCUGGUUGAGAUUAAUGUGAUAUCGAGACAUUUCAACAAAUUCGGUGUUCAUCUGGGGUGAACGAAUAUUUUGUCUGAUUUUGAUUCAUUCCGUCCCAUUUGACUGUGUUUCAAUGUUGUAGCUUAUCUCUGAAUGGUCUCGCUUGCUCAGAUUGCGUUGUAUACGUACAAAGUUUGUCUAGUCUUUGUAUUUUUUGGUGAAUAUAUGAUGGUCUCGUCCGGUGAUAUGAAA